ACGAAGAAGAAAAAAAGCCUCAAAUCGUGUUUGACCCAAACAAACGCCUCCAAACCUACGAACCACAGACUGUACACAUGUGAGGGACAACUUUUUGGUAUUAUAAGGUCUCGUGUUUUUGUUUUGCUGUCGUUGAAAUGCAGUUUCAGUAAUUGUCGUCAACAUUUACGAAGCUGGAAGCUAGCUUAGCGAAUGUAAAACUGUAAUAUGAUGCAGUUGAGAUGUGUUUGGUGCCUGUCAGCGGUCAGAAACAGGCCGGUUAAACUCCAGCUGAAGGCUACAAGACGCUGCUCAACGGUUCAGGGUGAAGUGAGGGUCAGGUUUGCACCCAGUCCGACAGGUUUCUUACACCUCGGAGGCCUCAGAACCGCUCUCUACAAUUACAUCUUUGCCAAGAAGUAUGGCGGCUCGUUCAUCCUGCGCCUGGAGGACACAGAUCAGAGCAGGCUGGUACCUGGUGCUGCAGAGUCCAUCGAGGACAUGCUGGAGUGGGCCGGUGUACCUCCAGAUGAGGGUCCUCGUCGAGGUGGGUCGGUCGGUCCAUACCUGCAGUCUCAGAGACUGGACCUCUACAGUCAGACUGCCCGGCAGCUUGUCGAGAGCGAUCACGCCUACUGCUGUUUCUGCAGUUCUCAGAGACUCGACUUGCUAAAAAAAGAGGCCUUAAGGACGGGACAGACGCCGAGGUAUGAUAACAGGUGUCGUCACCUCCGGGCCGGGCAGGUCCAGGAGAAACUGGCUCAGGGAGUGCCACAUGUGAUCAGGUUUCGUCUGGAUGCAGGUGUCGAGCCUUUUCAGGAUCUGAUCUUUGGCAGGAAUUAUCACGAGGUGGCCCAGGUGGAGGGCGACCCUGUAGUGAUGAAAGCAGAUGGUUUCCCCACCUACCACCUUGCUAACAUAGUAGAUGAUCAUUACAUGAGGAUCAGCCACGUGCUACGGGGGUCUGAGUGGCUCAUCUCCACCUCCAAACACCUCCUCAUGUACCGGGCUCUUGGAUGGCAGCCGCCCACCUUCGGACAUCUGCCGCUCCUGAUGAACAAAGACGGCACUAAACUGUCCAAGAGGCAGGGGGAUAUUUUCAUUCAGAGCUUCCAGAGAGACGGAGUCCUGCCCGAGGCCCUGCUGGACAUCACCACCAACUGUGGGUCUGGAUUCAACACCAAUCGAAUUGGACGGAGGAUAGAUGAACUGAUCUCUGAGUUUAACCCUUCAAAGAUCACAACACAUUCUGCUCUGUUAGACCUGGAAAAACUACCAGAGUUCAACAGAAUUCACCUGAAGCGCCGUAUUGAAGAUGAGGAGCAGUGUCUUCUGUUGAUAAGAGAUCUGCAGGGACAGAUCCAGCAGGCCUGUACAGCACAGAUCCAGGAUGAGGAAGUACUGCAUGAGGACUAUAUCAGGCGGGUGCUGCAUCUUCGUAAGGGUCACAUAUCCUCCCUUAAGGAGCUUGUGAGUCCCGCUUACUCUUACCUGUGGGUUCGUCCUUCCGUCUCCAGCCAGCAGGUGGCAGCGCUCACCACAGAGGCCCAGCACAUUGCUUCAUUAGUGCUCAAAUUAAUAGCUGAGCGAGGUGAGGAGCUGGCAGUGGAUCGCCUCAAUAAAGAUCUGAAGACUCUGGCUAAGCAGAUUAAAGCCACCAAAUACAGAGAAGUGAUGAAGCUGUUACGUCUGGCUCUCAGUGGUCUGCAGCAGGGGCCCAGUGUGGCCGAGAUGAUGGUGUCUUUGGGGCCCGCAGAGAUCAGCCAUCGAUUCCAGAAACUCGCGCUGCUUUCAGAGACGAGUCAAACCUAACGGAUACCUGAUGAAGACGAGCUGCUGUUGAAGACAGUAUGUGGAGAGUUACGUGAAAUCACCUGCUGAUUCAGCCAAAGCUAACUGGGACACAUUUAAAACCUGCUGCACUCCACUGAGUUAAUUUGAAUAAUACUUGAAUUAUUAUAAAUGUUUUAUAAAAGGGAUGAAAACUGA